AGGUGGAGUUGGAGCCCUUCGGCGAGCUUCCGUUCGGCGUACGAGGAGCGUAAUCUGAGCUUGCGCCAUGCUUUGCAGAGGCGUGUCCUGCUUUACACGCUCUUAUUUAGUAACAUAGAGGCAGCUUUUACUCGUCCACGGUCUUUCGCGGUGAAAACGUAAGUUGCGCGCGAGUUGCGAGUUUAUUUCGCAGGAAAAGAAGAACGUAAAAAAAAAAGCAGCUUUUAGUGUGCGGCCGCUCGUAGCGGAAAAAGUACGCGGCGAUUGUGAAAAAAACCGGAAUUUCAGUGGAAAAUGUAACCAAUUUUGAAGAGCCUCGCGCGAGAGGAAAGAAAAGAAAAACGGAGAAAAACCAGGCGAUCGACGAGGUUUUUUGAAAUUCGAAGGGGAGAAUCGACGCUUCUUCGUCGAAGGUGGGCCGACCUGAUCGAGAGACGUUCAUGGCGUGAGGCGUCAUCAGUGCGGAAACUCGCCCGUUCGUUUCUUCUCCACGGAAGGGUGAAGCUCGGCGAGAAACGUCAGGAUGAUCGGUGCAAUGCCAGCGGUGGCUGUUCGCCACGAGCGUAGGAGGCAGGAAAAAAGGCUGAAGCGGCCGAGUCAGCUCUAUUUGGGAGGACAAUGGUUACCACCUCUUCAGGGUUCACCGCCUACUCCCAGUCCGCACGGACACAACAAUCUGGAUCCUUUGCCCGAGCUCUACUUAUGCGGCAAGAUAUCUGGGUUGCACGCCGUAGUGGUGUGCCUGUUGUUGGGCGCGGUGGUGCUAGUGGUCGGUCUCGUCCAACUCGCUCCGGGUGCAACAACCACAAAUCACAGGCUGGCGUUACUCGUGGCUGGCGCUGCCCUACUUAUACUGGGCUUUAUUUUGGCAGGUGUAAGAUGUUACGUGUUGCACUGCGUACCGCUUCCAGUUGAGUCACCAGUCGCAACGCCUAUUCCGCCAUCGACGAGCGAGCAGCAGGCAGCCGCCGCGCCUAAAGGCACUCUGGAUCUUUUAGUUGUCAAUCAGACUCAGAAUCAUCCAGAAACUGACGCUCUCAUGCAGCAUCGGGAGCACGAGCAUCAUCACCAUCACCACCACCAUCACCAUCAUCAUCAUAAUAAUCAUAAAAAGAAAUGCAGUUGUCAGGGAUCGCAUUCCGAAGAGGCCUAAAAAAAUUACACAUAAAGAAAAAAAACUGCGCAAUUGUUCAAUGGUCCAAAAUUGAGCCUCUACAUAGUGAGAAGAAAGCAAGAAAGAGUUCGAAUUUAUUAUGGAUCGAAAGUCAAAUGGAACAAAAAUAUAAGCGCAAUUUCUCGGAAAGAAUGAAAAAAGUAGUACAUAUAUCAUUAUAUAUAUUCUCUCUUUCGUAACGUCUUUUCAAAGUAUGUACAGAGUGUUCCUGGAACGCGUUUUCUCUGUACAAAUAUGCGCGCUCGCGUAUAUAUAUAUAUAUAUACACACACACACACGUACAUAUGUAUAUAUAUGAAGGGGCAAAUGUCACAAUCUAAAAGUAAAACGAACUUAUAACGCAUUCGUUGUCAAUGCAACGAUGAGUAUGAAUUAAACAUAAUCGACGUAUGAGCGAUACAUUCUUGAGCUGUAACGACACAAUAAUGACUUAUCAACUGAUUAAUUAUUAACACUGCAAAAGGACACAGCCAAAGUUAUCACAAUUAUUGGAGAGAUAUCGCGAUGUCCGGGACAUCUUGUAUAUAUCUUGUAUAUAUAUAUAUAUACAUAUACACGUUACUGUGUACAGAUAUAAUAGCUUAGAGAGUGGUUUUCUAUCGCGUCUAAAAAAACCGAGGCAUAUGUUUCUUCUUCUCUCUCUAAAACAACAACGUUCAUUUAUUUAUUUAUGACAUAUUUCAACAAAUGUUGACUUGAGAUUUUGACUUUCAAGAUAUUGUUUUAUAAGAAAAUUGAUGAAUAUCAAAAUCCUGGCGAAAACGCACUUAUGCCAUUGACGAUUUAAUUGCGUAUAUACAUAAUAUGAACUAUAUUUUUAUGUUGUAAAUAUAUGCCGAGGAAAGUGCACUUUUCUACAUAUUAUAUAUCGGGGAUAUAAAUCUAGAGAUAUUUAUUAUGCGCCCAUAAAGCUAUAUCUAAGAAUAUUUCGUAAAUGUUUAUCUACUGAUUUAUAAAGGGUGGUUGUCACAUUCCACUGUAAUUUUACAUGAAAACUCAAAUUCGACAAAGAACAUAAAAUGUAAAAUUGUUACAACCAACAUACAUAUGACUCCGUGUCUUCAUUUCUUCAUCAAACCGUCAUAAAAUAUGUUAUAUCAAUAUCUGGAUUUUAAAUUGUUAUCUUCAAUACUAUUAAUAUUUUUUUCUUUAAUGGAGAAAAACUCAGAGUUUUAUUAAUCUUGAACAUAUAGUUGGUUUCUUUACGUGCCAGUAUAAUACGUUGUAUAUAAAAAUCAAAGUCGGGAAUUUUUUCAAUAUAUGUGAUUAUCGUUAUAGUAAAAGUUUCGGCAAAUCUCUAUUAAAGAUAGAAACAAAAAUACAAAAACGGACCACCUUGUAUAGAUCGUGAUAUAUUUCACUAAAAAAAACAAAAAAAAAAAUAUAUAUAUAUACAUAUAUAUAUAUAUAUAUGUAUGUAUUUCCUAUAUAUAUAUAGGAAACUGUAGACAUAUAGGAAAUCAACACAUGAGAAAAAACGUUGUACAAUGUUUACUCGGAUUGAUCUCGUGUGUUGUUUCGUCUUUGGUAUUCCGCAGCAGGAAAGUUUCGAACAAAAGAAGAAGUGCGCGAACCACAACCAACGUAGAUCAAUAUUCUAGAGAAAAAGAAACGACGUGUAUACAUGUCGAGGACGAUAUUUAAUACUUUAAUAAAUUAAGCAAGAUAUUUCCAGCACUGGCACACCACCAAUUCCAGUAAACUUCGAUAUAUUACUCUUCUCUUUCAAAAGGAUCUUUAAAAUCGGUGAAAAAUGUCAUUCAGUUGUUGCUGAUUUUUGCAACAAAAAAUUCAUAUUGUAUAUCUCUUUUUACACUUGAUAUAUAAUUAGAUAUACUAUUUAAGCAACUUAAACAAAAAAUCUGUGUCUGCGUGCGGAGAAAAUUUUGAGUAUUUGUCUGAAUUGUUUACUUCUGAAACUACUUUUUACAAUUACACAUUUAUAUACGAAGACGAUAAACUAUUUUACGCAUAAACGUAUCAUUUUUACACAACAAUUAUCAAUUUUGCUCCUUUUUAUAAGAAAAAGGACAAACGUUAUUUUACGCUCGAUUUACACUAUAUUGGUCGAGAUUUGCUCGCGAUCAGGUCAAGCAUCACGAUAUUUUUUCUCUUGACCAUGAUUAUGCUUUUUGAUCGUUAAGUGAGAAUCGACUUUUAUACGUCGUAUUUUACACAUAUAAUCACGCAUCGUACAAAAUAAAAUUUUACGUAGAUUAAAAAUAUAACAUUUUUUACAAGAAUAAUUCUCAGCGCGUAGAUACAUGGUAGUCUAUUGGGGUCCAUUUAAGAAAGAUUUACUUGCGUGAAAUUGAAAACACUAUGUUAAACAGUUACAAAAAAACAAACAAACUGCGCAGACAACAUAUUUUAGAACGCGUAUCUUCACAAGAGAUUCCGGCGACAUUGAAAUGUUCCAUUGUACUCUUGCGUUUCCUUGUUUACUUGGUAAGAAGUAACAUAGGCACAUGUACACACAUGUACACGUACGAUAAUAUAAAGGCAUUAGCAGAUAAUUAGCCACUCCUAAUGAGUCCGUUGCACUAAAUGCAUCACAGCCUUAGUUGCAUCAAGUAGAUAAUAUGAAAAAUGUUGAAUAUAUAGUCUCUCUUAAAAAUCUCAGGAUCCAACUGUAAUAUAGCCGUUAAACAACGGGAGUUAAUUAAGAAUUGUUAAAACAAUGAAAAGAGGACAUUUACAGCGCAACUUAGUUCUGACUGAAUUAUUUAUCGCAUCUUGAUCUAGCGGUAAAAACACGCAAAUGAACGCGAACUAUAAUAGUGAGACGAUCGUGUCGAAAUGUUAAUUCAUGAAAGUUCAAGAUAUUCAUUCGUAAUACUGCGUACGAAACGAAUUGCGAAUAGCACUCCUUCGCAACUUAUAAGCAUAAUUUAAUUUACUCUUCAUUAGUCAGCACUGCCUGAUUUUUGAAUGUGGGAAUUUACGGUGCACAAUCAUUAUACACAAUUACAUAUAAACUGUAUAACUUGAAUCCAUAUUACCAUAAAUAUAUGUAUAUUGCGAUACUUUUAAUCAUGCGAAAAUAUAUUCGGAGCGUUGAAACGCUCAGCGUUCGAGCGUCUUUUGAAAUAAAAUUAUCUCUGACUCGUGACACAAAAGAGGCAAAAUGUAUAUACAGUUAAUACAAUUAACAACUUAAAAAAAAGGGAUUGAAAACAACACAUUGCACAGCACUCAGUACGCGUUGCAGGAUAUAUGCAUCCCUCAUUGUCAUCGCGCACACAUUAUUAUAACGCGGUAAACGCGUCGUUGUUUUCUUAUAACAUAUAAGUUAGCCCUCUUUACAAUACUUCCCCUAAUAAAUAAAUAAGUAUAAGUAUGUUAGCAUAAUAUGAAGCGCUUUUUGUGCAAUCUGGCGAUAACCACAUUUUUCGAAAGUAGCUUGUAUAUUUAAAAAACAUAAAAUGUAAUUCUUCUCUCUC